ACGUAGAGACGACUCCAAAAAACAGAGUCGCUUUCUCCUCCAUUUUCUCCAUGGCUUCGGUACAGUCAAUCCGCUGUGUAAACCCUCGUUUGGAUUCUAACCCCCAUCUAGGGUUUUCCAGAACCCUAUGGUUUUCACUACCAGUUUCAAAGCCCAAGAAUCCACAGUUUAGGAAGCUGGUGGUCUCUGCAAGCAGCGCUGAAAACGGGGUCGGUUUCAAUGACAAAACCGCCCCUGUUGCCAACACUGCGCCUUCUGCAGCCAGGUCCAAAGUGCGGCGCCACACAAUUUCAGUAUUUGUUGGAGAUGAAAGUGGAAUGAUUAAUCGAAUUGCCGGGGUCUUUGCAAGAAGGGGAUAUAACAUUGACUCCCUUGCUGUUGGUCUGAACAAGGACAAGGCGCUCUUCACUAUUGUUGUCUCUGGAACUGAAAGGGUGUUGCAGCAAGUUGUAGAGCAACUUCACAAGCUUGUGAAUGUUCUGAAGGUUGAAGAUAUCUCAACUGAGCCGCAUGUAGAACGUGAACUAAUGCUCAUAAAAGUCAAUGCGAAUCCCCAGUAUCGUGCUGAGAUCAUGUGGUUAGUGAACAUUUUCAGAGCGAAAAUUGUGGAUAUCUCAGAGCAUUCAGUAACCAUUGAGGUAACUGGAGAUCCAGGGAAGAUGGUUGCUGUGCAGAGAAAUUUAAGCAAGUUUGGAAUUAGAGAAAUUGCUAGAACUGGAAAGAUUGCCUUGAGAAGGGAAAAAAUGGGCGAGUCUGCUCCAUUUUGGCGAUUUUCAGCAUCUUCAUAUCCUGAUCUUGAAGGAGAUAUUCCAGAAAACACUUUUGUGGAAACCAGAAAUAAAACACUCAAUAGUGAAUCUGAUGCAUCUGUUGGAGGAGAUGUUUAUCCAGUGGAACCAUCUGAUGGGUUCUUAUUCAAUAAAGUUCUUGAUGCUCACUGGGGUGUUCUCUAUGAUGAAGAUACUAGUGGCCUUCGUUCACACACUCUAUCCAUGGUUGUAAAUAAUGCUCCUGGAGUUCUUAAUCUUGUUACUGGGGUUUUUGCAAGGAGGGGAUAUAACAUCCAGAGUCUGGCAGUUGGUCAUGCAGAAGUUGAGGGUCUCUCUCGCAUUACAACUGUUGUUCCUGGUACAGAUGACUCUAUUAACAAGUUGGUGCAACAACUUAAGAAGCUAAUAGAUCUUCAUGAUGUUCGGGAUAUUACCCACUUGCCCUUUGCUGAGCGAGAGUUGAUGUUGAUAAAGAUUGCUGUGAAUGCUGCUGCUCGGCGUGAUGUCCUUGAUAUUGCCAGCAUUUUCAGGGCCAAAGCCAUUGACGUGUCUGAUCACACAAUAACCCUUGAGCUUACAGGAGCUUUAGACAAAAUGGUUGCUCUGCAAAGGUUGUUAGAGCCCUAUGGCAUUUGUGAGGUGGCACGAACUGGGCGGGUGGCGUUGGUGCGUGAGUCGGGUGUGGACUCCAAUUAUCUCCGCGGUUAUGCAUUUCCUCUCGAGGCUUAAGGAAGGUUGCUGCAAUGGAGGAGUGAAGAACACUUGAAUGCUGCGGUGCUUCUAUAUGCCAUGGAAGUGAAGAAUUAAAGUAGUACGUAUUCCGAGAAAUUUCAAACAACAAAAUACCAUUUUGCAGCUUGAGAUUUUGUUUGUUGCCCUUGUUUUCACCAAUAAAAUUUCUUGGUUUUUCCCCA